GGGCAAUUCUUUACAGUUUCUGUUUGCAAAUUAACUGGUGGUGUAGCUUGUACUACAAUGGGUCGUUGGCAGAUGAUCAAUGGGUGGUCAACGCUGGGAAGUGGUUGGGGGCGGGGACAGAGGAGGGAUCGUUGUGCGCGCUGGUCGCCAUUUAAGUUCUGCCGAGCUCCCCACAAGACUUGAAAAGUUCUCGUUGGUCGAGGAGGUUGCAAGAUUCGGGGAGAGAGUGAAGUACAAGCUCAUUAGAGGCAAUGGGCCUGAGGAGGGAUGGGUGAGUGCACGCCUGAAAGACAAGGUCUUGCUGGAACCACGAGAUGAGGAGGUUUCAAGCAUUGAGGGCCGACUAGAGGCGUUGCGGGAGGAAUUUCCAGGUUGUGCUAACUUGGUCAUUCCAAAAGAAGCAGCGGAUUGGUCUGACUCAGACCUGCGAAACUUCUUCGAGAGUGGUGGCUUUAUUAAGCCUAAGAUCUUAAAUAAGGAGAAGUUGGAGAAGGACAUUCCAGCAGCCGCUGAAGGUGCUUUUGAAGGGCCGCAGUUCGCGGUGCCGGAGGCUUUGCAGUUGCAGGACAAGCUCUUGACUGCUUUCAAAAGCCAAGAAUUUCAAGAGAAGCUAAAGCGGUUGCAAGCCCAAUACCCACAGCGAAAGCAGAAAGGCCACAGAGAUGGCCCUGUGUAUUUUCAGGCUUUCGAGGUGCUUGUGAUGGCGGUGUUUUGCAGUGUUCUUCCAGCUCACGGGCUUCGAGGAGAUUGGGAUGGAGUCCGAGACAUGUUUGCCAUGAUGGCUUCAGCUUUGACGCAUUUGAAAGUUAAGCGACAGCACGAGGAGAUAAACAUUUUGCUGGGGCUGCCUCGCGAUGCGAGACUUAUUGCGCCUUCCAAGAAAGAGGACCUGCUUGUAUACUGCCCAGGAGGUAAUGGGAAUCCACCUUUUGAUUCUCACUUGAUCCAGGAUGAGGAUGGCGACGUGGCCCAUGAGUUCUUGGUGGAAAAUGAGGCCACAGGAGAACUCUGCGCCGCCUUGGUUUCAAGGCCAGCCAGUGACAAGAUGUAGCCCUGCAAGUCUUGGUUUCUCGGUAUCUUUCAGUGCUUGCGCAAGAAGGCUCAAGUUCCACCACAACGGCGAGCUGCAAGUUCGUGUUGGAGGGACCAGCCUACGCAGAGCAACGAGACAAAAGGAUCCUGACCUGCCCAGAUCACUCCAGGAACAAGACUUGUUACGUUUCAGACGUUUGAAAACCAUGUGAU